AAUGAGAAACUUACCAUGCAGAAUUUGAACGACCGUCUGGCUUCCUAUCUGGAAAAGGUGCGCUCCUUAGAAAAUGCCAACACUCAUCUUGAGAAGCAGAUCCGGGAGUGGUAUGAGAAAAGCUCCCCAAUUGCUAGACAAGACUACAGUGAUUAUUACAAAACAAUUGAAGACCUCAGAAACAAGAUUAUUGCAGCACGACUUGACAACACUCAGAUCAUUCUGCAGAUUGACAAUACCAAGCUGGCUGCUGACGAUUUCCGAAUGAAGUAUGAGACUGAACUGGCACUCAGACAAAAUGUGGAAAGUGACACUGCAGGGCUGAUGAGGCUCAUUGAUGAUUUGACACUGGUGAAGUCUGAUUUGGAGCAUGAGGUUGAAGGGCUGAAGGAAGAACUGGCUUACCUCAAGAAAAACCAUGAGGAGGAAACAGAAAGAUUGAGACAGCAGCUGGGAGGAACUGUCUCUGUAGAGCUGGAUGCUGCUCCAGGCAUCAAUUUGGGCCAGAUUAUGGAUAAUAUGCGCCAGCAAUAUGAAGCCAUGGCUGAAAAGAGCCGUCAAGAGGCCAAGGAGCGGUUUGAUAAACAGGUUGAAGAAUGGAAUGUGGAAGUGACUACCACUACUCAACAACUUGAGUCCCAUAAAAGUGAAGUCACAGACAGGAGACGCACACUCCAGAGCCUUGAGAUUGAACUUCAAACCCAACUUAAUAUGAAAGCUGAUCGAGAGAAUGCUGUGGCAGAAGUCGAAGCCCGUUAUGGGGCUAUUUUGAACCAAAUCCAGGCCACCAUUGCUAAUUUGGAGGCACAGCUGAUGCAGCUGCGAAACGAUAUGGAAAGGCAGAGUCAAGAGUACAACAGCCUCCUGGAUGUUAAGAUCAAGCUAGAGGCAGAAAUAGCCACUUAUCGACGUCUGCUGGAAGGGGAAGAUAGCAGAUUUAUUGAAGAAGAGAUCGCCAAAAGAGAAGCAGCUGAGAGAGAAAAAAAUAAAGUUCUAAGGAUCAAAACUGUUGUGGAAGAAAUGGUGGAUGGGAAAGUGGUAUCAUCCAAAGUUGACGAGAGGGAGCAGAAGAUGUAGCCAGCUGUGGCUUGAAAUGCAUUUUAUGU